UGCUCAACUACCUCUCUUCCUUUCAUUAACUAACCUGCACCCACCUUCCACUCAAAAAAAAAAUCUAUUAAGUUCUCUUGGCAUCACCUUUUUGCUUCUCAUCUCUUAAUUUGUUCUCCAAUCUAGCUCUCUAGCUAUUAUAAUUCUCUGCUCAUCAUGGGAUCUGAGAUGGUUAUGGUGGAUGAUGUUUCUUUCCCUACCGAGAUUAUCACAAAUACUAAUAAUAAGCCUUUAGCUCUCAUGGGUCAUGCUAUUGGUGUACGUGUUUCAGGAAUCACAGACAUUGAGAUCCAUUUUCUUCAGAUUAAGUACAACGCAAUUGGAAUUUACUUGGAAAAAGAAGUAGUUAAUCAUUUGGUGAACUGGAAGGACAAGAAGGAGAAUGAACUCUCUGAAGAUGAUGCCUUCUUUGAUGCACUUGUUUCAGCUCCAGUGGAGAAGUUCUUCAGAGUAGUGGUGAUAAAAGAGAUAAAAGGAUCUCAAUAUGGAGUGCAAUUAGAGAGUGCCAUUAGAGAUAGGUUGGCAGCCAUUGAUAAGUAUGAAGAAAAGGAAGAAGAAGCCUUGGAGAAGCUCACUGAGUUUUUCCAAACAAAAUAUUUCCACAAGGCCUCCGUCAUUACCUUCCAUUUCCCCACAUCCUCUCCAACAGCUGAGAUUUCAUUUGCAACUCAAGGCAAAGAGGAGGUGAAGAUCAAGGUGGAGAAUGGGAAUGUUGUUGAGAUGAUACAAAAAUGGUACUUGGGUGGAACUAGAGCUGUCUCUCCAACUACAAUUAAAAGCUUGGGUCAUAAAUUUGGAGAAUUGCUGUCUAAUUAAUAAUUAGUGGAUGUUAUUAAGUGAUUAAAUAAGUGCUUAUUUGCAUGGUUUGUUCCUUAAUUGGUAUAUUGUAUUGGAUGACAAUUAUCAGUGAAUGCAUUGAUAUUGCUUGAAA